CUCUAGUCAGGCACUUAAUUAUAAGUAUAUAGACUUAUAUCAGUUUGUAUCAUGUCCCUUCUCAGACUCUACCGGAAGGGAACUUCCUCUGACCUCUAUGUGCUUCCCUGUAGUACGUUACAGCCACCAUGAAACAUUAUCGAUAGUGGGCGCCUCGUUUUACACUGUACGAUGUUUAUUUACAGAGAAAUUAUGUCGCAUUUGUGUUUUUAUUGUGUUUAAAAAGUAUCCACAAUGCAUACUUACGUCAAUUCCAUGGCGACUCACUCGGAUGAUUGGGAUAACGAUUACCAAGAGGGUUACGAACACGUCGGUGCGCCGAUAUCUGAAAAUAGGGAUAUACGAAUUGAAAAUGAACCAGAAGCACCAGAGGCAGUAGUCCCGGAAGUGACGGCCAGUGUCAGACGGAGAAAAAUCCUGAUUUUAGUUGGAUGUACAGUGAUAAACCUUUGUCAGUCAAUUGUUUUCGUCAUGGCUGUCCUUGGGAAAAUUAAUUCAGACCUCAGCAACAAGCAAGCAGACGACAUAAGAAUGGCGUUGUUCAUCACGAGACGUUUGGGAGUUCCGUUGGCGUCCAUCUUUAUGAUAGGUCUAGGCUACCGUAUUGUGGGCAUCGUCGGCUGUUCCCUUGUUGGCCUUGGACUUUUUAUAGCAGCCUGGGUACCACGCGUGGCGGUAGGAGGCAUCGGCUUUCUCGUCGGUGGAGUGGCAGGUCUUGGUUUCGCAUUUCUCUCAUUAACAGUCAUUAUUCCAAUUCUGGAAACGUUUACAAAACAUCGCCUUCGAUAUGUCGUCUUGGUACGGUCUGCGGAAACUGUGGCGGCCAUCUUGUUUGCAUGCAUAACCUUGGUUCCGGAAAUCGAUAUUGAUUGGCGGAUUCUGUAUCGAUACCAGCUGAUCGUUAUGGUGAUUGCUGGGGCCGCUUGUGUGCUUCUAAAGCCACUAGAGCCACCGACAGUUGACAAAAGUCGUGGAGUUCUUAGUCGUCUGCUCGGCUUGUCAGAUUUCAGCAUAUUUAAAGGCGCGCCACUGUAUCUGUUGAUGGUUGUUUACUUUAUGGAUCAGCUAGGAAAACCAAUACCUGCUUAUGAACUUUCAACGCUACUAGAGGAUCCCAUAAAACAAUUCGGUAAUGACCUUUCUGUACGGGUGAUUGUAGUCCUGCCGUUUGUUGGAGCCUUAUUAGGACUUUUGGCACUAGUAUUCUGGCAAAGAUUCAGUUUGGUAGACGUCCUGUGGAUGCUCGGACCGAUCAACAUACUGUCAGGACUGCUGACUUUCCAGGUUCCUGCUCUAGCCAAAGUAACAUGGGUGGCCGUGUACGCUGUAGUGUUUGGGAUGUCAUCAGGUAUCUUCCUCGCACUCGUUGACAAUGUGAUACCUCACGCUUUUGGAAAACAGAGAAUUCGAAUUGUAGAGGGAAUCCUUGGAUUAGCUUCCGGUGUUGGUCACGUGAUAUCUCUACCUGUCAGUGAGGCACUAAAUUCAAGAACAACUGUUGGGUACGAGUCCUCUUUCUACUUAUCGGGAUCAGCUCUCAUCACUUCCGGCUUGCUAGCAGUUGGGUUCCGGUAUAUGCUGAUACGUCAGAAUUCCAAGACGGAAACAGCAUCUUGAUAGACAGAAUUGUUAAUUUAUUCUUAUCCACAUAGAAAUGUCUACGGUACGUCCAUUGUUGUGUUAAUUGUGUGCAAGGCCAGUGACACACAAAUGUGUAAAAGUCAGCAGUGUUAAGCCGCGGCAUUUAUAUUUCAGAGUUUAAUGAUAAUAUGUAAAUUAGUUUUGUUCUUUUUAACCUUUUUAUGUGUAUUUUUAAAAUAAAGAGAAGAAAA